AUGGAAAUAGGAGGAGAGUAUUACGAAAGGGGGAGGAAGAAAGUGCAGUGCCGCACGAGGCGCGCUCCACGGUGUCCUGCAAAGACGGAGGCCCUACUGAUACACCCGAGGGCUGCCUCCCGCCUCAGCGUCCACCAGUUGAGAAUCGGCACCGACCCCCUUCCGUGGAAGCAGGCAGUGACGUACCUUGGCCUCACCAUAGACCACCGGCUGACGUGGAUCCCGGCAACUAAAGCCCUCAGCGCCAAGGUGCGCCGUGUUCAUGCAGCCGUGGGCCGACUCCUUCAACGGGGCCGAGGAUGCUCCACGAAGUGGGCCUUGCGCCUGAACAAGGCUGCAGCAACAUCGUCCUUGUUGUAUGCCCUGCCGCUGGUUUCCCUGACGCAUGCCAGGAAAGCACAACUAGAGGUUCUGCACAGGACGGCCAUCAGAAAUGUCCUGGGGCUUCCAAGGCACUCCAAGAUCGCCGCAACACUGGCUGAGGCCGGCGAAUGGCCACUGUCACUGCUCAUGUUGCAACGGGGACUGGGGCAUAUUGACAGGCUACAUCGCGCACCAGACGGCCAGGCUCUUCUAGACCGGCUCCGGAGCCUGCCGGCUUCACGUAUGGGCAACCUGUGUCGCCUCUAUGAGGAGACAGUUCCUCAACUACCUGUGGCAGUGGCUCUUCCUCCUCCCCAUCACGGACCUCCGGAUGUGCACCUCUCCCUCAGGGGGUUAGCCAAGCGGAGAGCACCAGCCGCAGCCCUGCAGCAGGCGGCAGCCUGCAAGCUCCAGGAGGAGUUGGAAGGACACCUGCUGGUGUUCACAGAUGGUUCAGUCCUCCCCAGCGGGUCGGCUGCAGCGGCAUGCACAGUUCCAACUCUCGCCUGUCACAGGCAGUGUAGGCUCCCGUUUGCAGCAAGCUCUACUGCAGCUGAGCUCGCGGGGCUGCACCUGGCUGCCGACCUCCUUGCUGAGCACCUUCCCCAGCAGCCGGUGGCGGUGGUGUGCGACUCCAAGCCAGCGCUCCAGGCCCUCGUCAACCCUCGGCGGGCAGGACUUACAGUGGUGCUGCUGCUUGCCAAGUUAACGGCUCUAGCCACCGCCGGACUCCCAGUAUCCUUCCACUGGCUGCCCUCACAUGUCGGGGUAGCCGGUAACGAGGAGGCAGAUACCUACGCCAAAGCUGCCCAUCAUGAUGUAGUCCCGGUCACCAGAGCGGUAGCGGCUUCGGAUUACACGAGACGUCGGCUACGGUGCCUGCUCACCUCCAUUCACCCGGACCCCCGAGUGGCUAGUGGCAAAGCCCCCAAGCCACUUCCAGAGAACGGCCUCUCCAGAAGAGACCGUUCCACACUCCUGCGCUUGCGGACUGGCUGCACCUGGACUGCGGCCCGGCUGUACGCCAAGGGCCGCGCCACGUCGCCUGCCUGCAAGAGCUCGGCCAUAUGUGAGGUGGUUCUGCGCAGCUCUCUUUUGGCUGACCAACUCUGGGCUGUCCAGCGGGCCCACGAUGAGGCCGACAGCCUUGGCCUUCCGGUGCUCACGUGGAAUCGACCCGCCUCAUGA